GGCUGGGCGUCCCUCAUAUCGCUUCCUUUAGUUUACAUACGCAGUGCAGCUGUAAACUCGCAGGAUGAUAUAAUGGUGUUACACAUGAACAUCACGAUGGUAGAUAUUAAUAUGCAAGCCGUAUCCUGUCCUGUAAACUACACGGGUGUAAUAACAGCACUCUAAAUCCAAAGCAAGUACAUGUCGUCUGAAGGCCGACUGCACAGCAGGCCUACAUUUGUGCAGGGCCAGUAACCAAAAACGCAGCCAUGCGUAAAGUGAACAAAACGGUCCAGGUUUCCUAUGAUAUGGUCGGACAAUAGAACAAUAUUUGCAGUACCCAACUCAUGUGGAUAAGCUUUGAAAGGACGAAAGGUGUGUGUCGACUCUGUGCUCACUUCCAAUAGGAAAUACACGCAAUCUCCCACAUUUAUAUACAUGCAACUCAGGCAGGAUUCGCUUCCAGUAUAGCAGAGUGGUUUUGUUCACAGGCAUGCAUCAGUAGUGUUCGUUCGGAUUCGAAAAAGGUGAAUGAAGAAUCCAUGACCGUAGCAUGACUUGGAAGCUACAGAACAAGCUGAAGACCACAAGCAGUUAACUGGAAUAAAUAUUGACUGACCUGCCCAGUUCGAACGGAAGAGGAUUUGGAAGUCAAUUCGAUUCAGCACUGGACUUUAUCAUCGGAAGCCUCACUGGCAUCAUGAACGACUCGGAAGACACAUCCCCCAACGGCAGAUGGAGAAAGAGGCUGAUUUCGAUCGCUCUGGGCUGUCUGCUGCUGACGUUUUCACUUGGGAUGUUGGGAGGAACGCAUCCGCGAGGGGAGAGCCAUAUUAAGACGUGGUCGAGGCCUGGCACAGGGUUCCAGUUGGAUAAAGAUAAACCCGCCCCUCCCAAUGAAGACAGUGAGGCAAGCAAAGAUUUCACUUGUGAUAAAUGCUGCUACCGUUACACCACCAUCGAAAACGGUAUCUUGGAAAUACAGAGCAAAUCAGAACUGAUGAAAAGGGGCUGUGAGAAAAGGUUGCCAGAUGCCAUGAUCUUCGGCGUGAAAAAAGGUGGUACCACCACUCUUAAGAACUUCUUGAGUUACCAUCCAGACAUCGCCUUCAGCCAGGACGAGCUCAAGUUCUUCACAUCCUCUGAGGAUAGGUAUAAAGGAGUGGAGUUCUACAGGAAUGAGAUGCUGUACUCCACUCCCGACCAGAUCUCGAUGGAGAAAACCCCGGCUUACUCCCACUAUCCGAAGGUCCCCGCUAUGAUCAAGAAAGUCCUUCCAAAUGUCAAGCUCAUUAUCAUCAUGCGGGAUCCAGUGGAGAGGGCCAUUUCAGACUUCGUGCACAUGCAGGUCACCAUUGCCAGAAAGUGCAAGAAAAAGUCUGGGUGCAAUUUGGAUAACUCAGGUUACUACAUUGCCCAUACCUUCGAAGACUCCGUCAUAGACUCCAACGGGGAGGUGAACUACUCGAAUCUACUUGUCGCUAAAGGCGUUUACGUCACUGACAUACAGAGAUACCUCAAGUACUUCAAACCGGAACAGAUUCUCGCAUUAGACGGGGAGGCGUUCAUUAAGAACCCUUAUCCGGCCGUCAAACUCGUGGAGCAGUUUCUAGGCAUCAAAGAUUAUUUCACACGUGACCAUUUCUACUACGACGUCCAGAAGGGAUUCUUCUGUCUCAAUAAGCCUAUCCCUAACAACUGUAUGAAGGAGUCGAAGGGGCGCCCUCAUCCGGAAGUAAAUGAUGAGACGCUCAGGAAACUGCGCGACUACUACCGGCCUUACAACAAGGCGCUGAACGACCUCAUGAAAGUUGACUUUCAUUGGUCAUCAUAGGAAUAACUCCAUCAGUUUUGAAUUAUUUUGGUAUUGCUAAAGUGGCCGACGUCUUCCCUCAACGGUUACAAGGGUAGAGUUAGGGAGACCAUUGAGGGACAUUCUAACGCAUGGAUGCGCGCCUGACGCACACGCCAUGAGUUGCGGGUUGCGUACAUUUAGUCUCGUGUAUACUUCGCGACUGUACGCGCGCGCGAAACGCCAUGUUCUCUUUCGAAUUUCAUGUACAGUGUCUAUGAACCGUUUCAUGUAAAUCGCCAUGUUUGUGGUUAUGUGAUAAUCUCAGGGAGCAUUGCAUUGAAAAUACGUCCCAUCAUACUUGGGGUAUACAAUGGCAUGAUAUGGGAGGUAACGGUGAACAUGUUUUCAAAGAAAUACCCACUGAGAAUUAAAUAGAGCUUUCAUCUUUUAUAAACAUUUGAGCGUACUAUUCCACCUUUUGGGCAUGGGAGUUGCAUUGGCGCUCCAUACUAUGAGAUUAUGAAACAAAAAUUGUGUAUCAUAAAACUAUUCUUCAGAUAAACGCCUCAAUUAGUUUAAAUUACAACUCCAUAGUUUUGAAUGGAAUAUAUUCAAUAACUGUGUAUGCGUUUUCCACUGUGUAGUAAGUUGCAUUCGAUGUUUGUGAUGAAAAAAUAAGUUUUUAAUCAUUUUGGCUAUAGUAAUGAAAUAAAGAUUAUUUGUGUUAUUCGUUUUAA